AUGGCCAUCGCCCUUCCCAUCAUCCAAGCAACACCAGCCAUCCCCAUCGGCGAGAGCAUGGAAGACAAGUCGGAAACCCGCAUCCCAGUCGUGGACUAUCUCCUCGACCCUUCUAUCCCCACCGGAGAUGGCAUCGACCGGAUCAUUGAUGUCAUGAAGAAAGAAAAGGAGGAGAAAGCGAUCGUUUCUCGAGCAGAACCCGCAGCUGCCAGACUCCCCUGGGGACGACUUUACCUUAACAGGGAGGAACAGCACAUCCCAGACGACGAUGACGAUUCCGAGCGACACGAAAUGAGGUCUCACGGCAAAGUCAAGCGUGAUGUGGUCGAGGGUGUUGUGGAUGAUACCGGGUCUGGAAGUGCCUAUGAGACCGUCCACCACAAGACUUUAGACACGAAUGAGACGACUACUGCCAACGAGCCUCGAUACAACAGGAUGGAGCAGUAUGCUCAACGUCCUACACUUCUUCACGGCAAGACACACAAGGUGCUACCUCAGAUAGAGAAGGCCAAGUCGAAACACGAUUAA